UUGCAGGUGGUGACGGAUGCGAUCGGAGGAGCGGCGCUGCCGCUUCUCCCUUGCUCUUCCCUCCCCCCCCAUGGAGCAGCUCAGAUCCGUAUUCAUCUGGUCCCCCUCCUCUGCAGCAGCCGGCUUCUCGUCCUCCUCGACAGCUGUGGGGAAGGAGGAGGUUGAGGAUAGGGCGGUACGGGAAGCCUGGCAACAGCAGGAGGUGGAAGAAGAAGAGGAGGAGGAGGAGGAGGAACAGCAGCAGCAGCAGCAACCUACUGCUAACCUUUACUGGACGGCCGUCUUCGACUAUGAAGCGAGCGCCGAAGACGAACUCAGCCUGCGCAAGGGGGAUGUGGUGGAGGUGCUCUCCAAGGAUUCCAAGGUUUCUGGAGAUGAAGGAUGGUGGACCGGUAAAAUCAAUGACCAGGUUGGCAUCUUUCCCAGCAACUAUGUCACCAGUGGCCCAUGUUACAGCAAGUUACAAGAUAGAAGCACUGAUGUUUACCCACACGUCCUGGAAACAGACUUCAGUGAACUGCAGUUGGAGGAGAUUAUUGGCAUUGGUGGAUUUGGUAAAGUUUACAGAGGCAUCUGGAGGCUGGAGGAGGUCGCUGUUAAAGCAGCUCGGCAGGACCCGGAUGAGGACAUCAGCCAGACCAUUGAAAAUGUUAAGCAGGAAGCAAAACUGUUCGCAAUGUUGAAGCAUCCAAACAUCAUAGCCUUGCAAGGUGUUUGUCUGAAGGAGCCCAAUCUUUGCUUGAUAAUGGAGUUUGCCCGUGGGGGCUCUUUAAAUCGAGUGUUGUCCGGCAAGAAGAUCCCUCCUCAUAUACUUGUCAACUGGGCAGUUCAGAUUGCAAGGGGCAUGAAUUACUUACAUGAAGAAGCAAUUGUUUCUAUUAUCCAUCGUGAUCUCAAGUCCAGUAACAUUCUGAUCCGCGAGAAGCUGGAAAAUGAUGGGCUGAGUAACAAAACCCUGAAGAUCACGGACUUUGGCCUGGCACGUGAGUGCCACAAGACAACCAAAAUGAGUGCGGCAGGCACCUAUGCCUGGAUGGCUCCAGAGGUGAUCCGGUCUUCCAUGUUCUCCAAAGGAAGCGAUGUCUGGAGUUACGGAGUGUUGUUGUGGGAACUGCUGACAGGAGAAGUUCCAUUCAGAGGGAUCGAUGGGCUUGCUGUGGCUUAUGGAGUGGCUAUGAAUAAACUGGCCCUUCCCAUUCCCUCCACCUGUCCAGAGCUUUUCAGCAAACUCAUGGAAGAUUGCUGGAAUGCUGAUCCUCACUCUCGUCCAUUGUUUCCCGGCAUCUUGGAGAAGCUCACUGCCAUUGAGGAAUCUGGCUACUUUGAAAUGCCUCAGGAUUCAUUCCACUCGCUGCAGGAAGAAUGGAAGCUGGAGAUACAGGAAAUGUUUGAGGAACUUAGAGAAAAGGAGAAGGAACUGCGCAGCUGGGAGGAGGAGCUGUCUCGGGCAGCCUUGCAGCAGAAGAAUCAAGAGGAGCUUCUGCGGCGCCGCGAGCAGGAGCUGGCCGAGCGAGAGAUUGACAUUCUGGAGCGGGAACUCAACAUCAUCUUCCACCAGCUGCACCAGGAGAAACCCAAGGUGAAGAAACGGAAGGGCAACUUCAAAAAGAGCAGGCUCAAACUCAAGGAUGGCAACCGGAUCAGCCUUCCCUCUGAUUUCCAGCAUAAGAUCACCGUACAGGCUUCUCCCACUCUGGACAAGAGGAAGAGCCUGAUCAGCAGCAGCUUGAGUCCCCCUGCAAGCCCCACCAUCAUCCCACGACUCAGGGCAUUUCACCUAACACCAGGUGAAAGCAAUAAGACCUGGGGCCGCAGUUCAAUGUUUCAGCGAGAAGAGUGUGAUGAAGAUGAGAAAAAGGGGCAUAAAAAGAAAGGUUGGACAUGGGGCCCCAGCUCUUUGUACCAGAAGGACCUUGGUGGUGUGGAGGAGAGCCUUAAGCAUGUGGUCAAUGGAGGCAAAGAAUGGUCACCCAGUGCUCCCAGUCUGGGGAAAAAUCGGACUGCUGGUAUGGUUCCGGAGUUCACUAGCCUCAAUGAAAUAGAACAUGAAGAUGGGAAUGUGAUGAAGGAUUGUGACCCUAGGUUGCAGAAGUGUGCUUUUCCCAACCAGUCCUACCUCUCUUUACCUUUCUACUGUAAUGACGAAUGCGAGGCUGGUGUUAGUGACACCAAUGAGGAACCGACUCCAGUGAACUCUGCCACCAGCACCCCACAGCACACCCCCACUAACAGCUAUAAACGCAGCUCACAAAGGAAGAAGUGUGACCUGGUCCUCCUGGGUUGUGGUGCUGUCUUGGCAGCAGUGGCUUUGGGGUUUGAUUUGCUGGAGCUGGGAAAAUGCCACGUUUUACAAGAAGUUGUCGAACCUAAGGAAGAGAAGAAAAGGAAGGAAGGCAUCUUUCAGCGCACCACCCGACUGCGACGGAGCAUCAGCCCUCCGUCUCGGAAGAUCUUCAAGAAUGAAGAAUUUGUCAUUCCAUCCUCACUGACGCUGCUCUCACUGUCCUCCAUUUCCGAAUGCAACUCCACAAGGUCUUUGCUGCGUUCAGACAGUGAUGAGCUGGUGGUGUACGAGAUGCCCACGACGCCAAGUUCAAUGGACGACAGCUCUGUGUUUAUUACUCAUCAUCCUUUAGUAGACAUAACCAUUGAACGCUUCAAGCGGGACCCAAAACAAUCAUUGACCCCAACUCAUGUGACAAAAAACAACACCACGGCACACCGGGGUCACAGAAGGACUCCUUCUGAUGGGGCCAUUAAACAGAUUCCCCAGACUCUGAACUCCACACUGUCCACUGGUACCUCAGGCUCCAAUUGCCUUUUGAACUGCACUAGUAUAGGUAAAACCCCAAGCCCCAGCAAGGAUCCAACAGAAGUUCCUCGUCUGCCUGAUCCCAACCUAGUCUUUCCUCCCACUCCGAGGCGGAGAAACAUGAAGCAAGAUUUCACUCUGGAAAGGCCCAAGACACUGGAAUUUGUACCAAGGCCUCGUCCAUCUGCAAACCGCCAACGGUUAGAUCCAUGGUGGAUUGUUUCGCCCACUAAAACGCACAGCAACUCCCCAGUUAAUAGUUCUAGUACUGAAACACCAUCCAAUCUGGACUCCUGCCUCAGCAGCAGUGGCACUGUGGAGGAAAGACCAGGAGUCCCUAUCUUUCUGCCUUAUAGGCACGGACUUGCUGGCUGUGACCGGACAUUGCUAGAUACAGACAUGGAAGGCCAGAGUCGGGAUGGAACACUUCCUCUCUGCAGAGCAGAAAUGAGCUCACGCAAGAUGGUGAACAAUGAUCAGGAGCACAAUUUCUGGUCAUAA